AUGCGUCAACCCGAAACCUUGAAAAUUGAUAGCUCAAGGCACAAGGGAACCGAUGAAGAUUCCCUUUUGAGACGGUUCGUCGAGUUGGACGAUGCCAUCAGGGCCCGUCUCAUCGAGGGUGACGAGAUGCAAGUCACCUUCACCCUGUCAAAUUUGACGGGACGAGCAAAGACUUGGGCCUUAGGACUCAAGCUUCACGACCUAAACGUGUUUGAGUUGCUGGAGAUCUUGAAGCCUCGGCUCAAAGAGACGUUUGAGCCGCCGAGAGCCGAGUUCAGAGCACGCUCUGCACUCUUGAGGCUAAAACAAGGUUAG